CUAACCCUAGUCUAGCCGGUUGUCAAAACCAUGGCUAUUUUGUGGUUACCAUGGUUUUACUACAGUAACCAUGGUUUUUUGGUUUUAACUGUAGUAAAACCAUGGUUAAUUUUCGUAAAGGGCAGGUUGUGACGUAGCAACUUUAUGGAAAAGGGAUUCGAACUAUGGACAGAUCGUUCCAGUCUACUCUUUUUUUUUUGAAAGCCAAUAACUUGAGUUAUGGUUCACUUUUAGGUUUGUAGCUUUUGCAGACUGUUAACAUUCACUUAACACAUUACACACUACAUAAAAGGUAAUUUUCGCAAUAGUAUAAUGUGCUCUUUAAUAAUUUGUAUGAGACCAGGACACUGAAGAAGGCAGAGUUAAUUAUGAGAGAUCCAAGCCAUUGCAGCCAUCUACUCGUGGAUAUUAUCUGCCAUUAUGUCAGACUAGAUUAAAAAAUUCUUUUGAACUAGCUGUCAUAAGUUUUUUAAUUAUUCUAGGUAAAUUAAUUAUGAAAGUCAUUUUUUUGUCUGUGUGUUGUGUGUCUGUCUUGUUGAUUGCAUGGUUUAGGCCUACUGCAGGCUAGGAGACAAAUAGCCACAUAAUACAGUAGACCUUACCUUAAAGGUAGGGUAACACAUUUUGAAAAAUGCUAACGCCGCCUAGCAAUGAAAUUGCGAUCCCGCCCUCAAGUCAAAUAGCCAUCCAAAGUCACGCCUCUUUCAAAACACAUGAACACGCACAGAUCAGACGGUCACAUCUCAUGUCUCAUUCACCAGUGAGAAAACUUUGCAGUACAAAGUGAAUAACACUUCCAAAAUAACCAACAUAAACAACUGGUUUACAUCAGAAUUAGUAUAAGCACACAUUCGGUUGUGUAGACGUAGUAACUAUAUUGUUACGCUAAUCCGUAAACGAACACAAAUUUCAUAAGCAACACAAUGUUUCAUCAAAGUAGAACAUCUGAAUCCAUCUCAAUACAAACAUAUCGCGUACCUACCUUACCAAAAUAAACAGUGCGACCCUUUCAGACCCUUUGCCUCCUGUAGCUGUUUGCAUCUCGUUACCACGAAUUACAUAAGCAGAAAAGUUACCGAUGUUCAUUUGGGUUUUUGCUCUUUGCUGAUCCAGGCAGUUUUUGCUGUUGUUGUUAUAAAAUAUGCCUUUAGUUUUGUGGCUCCUGUACAGGUUGUCAAUUCAGCAGAAAAGUUUGCUGUUCUCGCUGUUUACAGACAGAGCGCACGUGAACGCGCCGAUGACGUAUGGUGUCUGCGUGGACUCGCUGCGCGGUGGGCAUUCAAAUUACGCUUACGUAUGAGGGAUAAAAAAAGGAAACGUCCGUUCGGACCGAAAUCUAUGAUUGGUUGAACAUUUUUUGGUCCUACGCCUUUCACAGAUGACAUAAAUUUCUACAAAUACAUUUAAACAACUUAACACAGUGAUUGCUAUCAGGAUGUGAGGAGACUUUUAACCAGCAUAACUAAAAAUGUUUUAGGAUCAAAUUUGUUACCCUACCUUUAAGCAAACAGAGCAAUCCAUUAUACCCCCAGCUCAUGACUCACAGUUUCUCAGUAGUCUUCCUAUACUUUAUGGGCUAGUAUAGUGAUGCCAUAAGAUAACAUAGAUUGUGCCAUAUUGCUUUAUCAUAAUGACAAGUGCUCAUUGUGGGAGAAUGGGGCCAAAUACAUCUCUAUUUAUGAAGCUAAAUGAGGUGAACAGUACAGAAAUUGAGGUAAACAGAUCUGGAUCAAAAGUUACAAAAUCUACUAAUCCAGCAUCAAGUUGUUAGUGCUGCUAUUGAAGUACAGGGGCAGUGAUUGGUUGCUAACAACAUAGCUAAUGUAAUGCCUGUGAGUUGGCAUAUGCUCUCCAGUUCACACAGUUUAUAGAGUGCCGCAUGGGUGAUGUAGCUUGUAGACUAACCGGUAGUUAGCAGGACACUGAUUCCCUAACCAAAAAGCCCAUUCAUUUUUCCCAUAGACUUUUGGAUUAUAGCAAUUAACAAACUCUCUGAUUAACAAAAGUUUAUGACACUUACAUGUUUUGUUCAAUAAAAUAAUCUUUACACAUGAACACAACUUUUAUGCAUUUUGAAGUCUAAAUUUGUUUACUAGAAAUGAAAAGCUAAUCUCUACACCACAGUCUCUCUACAUCAACGUCAUCAGUAUUAAGGAAAUACUCUGUGGAUGAAUUUUUAUUGGGAAUUAUGCCCAUGUUGUAUUGUUUUUGAAAUCUUCAUGCGUGAUGGCAUUCAAUGUCUGUAGUCCAUAGCAACUUGUUAGCAACCGCCCUUUUAAAGACACUUAAAAGCUUUAAAAAGUCUUUGUGGGGGUAUUACUGUUGUGUUUUAUGUUAUAGAAUGAAACGUGAAAAAAUAUCCUAUGUUAACACAAAACCCCAUUCACAAAACGUAUUGACUUUGGGACGAUGGAUCCGGAAGUGCUAAAAUGCUAACUCGUUUCUGGGUUUUACCAACAAAAAUAUGCAUGUGGCACUCUAGACCAUUACCUCUCAGAGCAGUUACCUGGGCCAUGAUGGGCAUCUGCUCUAACUGUAGCAGCACACUUAUUUAUUGACUUCUUUUAUUAUUAUUAUUCACAAUGUUGAGUGACAACAGAGGCCAAAUCAUAAUGGUAACUCAAAUCCUGGAAAUGAUGAACAAUUUAUCAUAAUGACUAGUCUAAUGUAUGGAUGUAUGCAUGUACGUACGGUAAAUAUACAACAUAAAUGUACACAAAACUUUUACCUUUGUUUUAUUGGUAUAUUUAGCAUUAUUGUAUGUAGUUUCAGAUCAUGUUGGGAGGAUCUGAACUAGUGGCUAAGCCAGAAGGGUUUCCCAGUAUGGAAAAACCGCACCAUUGUGCACUGUAUUAUACUUUUACCAUUAUUUAAAUUGUGUUAGGCUAUAAUAUAUAUAUUUUUUACUUUAAUUGACAAUUAAUUGAUGUAGUUUGCAAAUAUAGUCUUCUGCCAUUCUCCUCUACCAGCUAAACUGCUACAUAGGUGAGUGCAUUUACAAUUAUUCAUUUAGUUUUUGUCCGAUUUAAAUUAGAAAUGAGGAAUACAAGCAAUUUGGCUUAGGAGGAGGCAAUAGCAGCAAUACAUGGUUUGAAUCAUUGUCUAGAACUUUAAAAGCAAGGAGAGGAGUAGAUGUGAAAGAAAGAUAUUUUGCUUUUAUUUUAGAAAUAGUUAGGAGGAUGCAGUUAAAGAGUUUCAGAAUGAAUGUAGACAGUGUCUAAGAACUGAAAUGAAAUUCUUGUUGACAUUCUAAUAAUCCACUUUGAACUUCUAAGAAUCAAACAUUUUGAUAACAUUCGUGAAAGUCAUUUUAAUGUUAGCUACAACUUAAACUGCUUUUGGUUUUGUGUUAAAAUAGUUUAAAACAAGCAGGUUCAUGAAUCUAUGACACCACAGUUUUGAAAUGGUUUAGUCACUAUAGUUUAUAUGCAAGAAACCAUCUGAAAAUAAGGAAUCUGGCAGGCCUCAAGUAGAGGCCUUCUUUGGUCUCAGUCAAGGCAAGCCACUUGUUUCAAACUUAUUUUAUUUCCUCUCAGAGGGUAAAAUAAUAUAGGUUUUGUUGAUUACAAGGCAUUGUAAUCGUUACUUUUUACUUUUUUUUGUGAAUUGUUUAAUAGUUCUAAAUUUGAUCAAUUCAUUCAUGUUUUUUAAUAUAAAUUGAAAUAUAAAUAUCUUUUUACAUCCACAUUAUGGUGAGUUUUUAUAAAUGGAAAUAAUAUUAUUUGCUAAUAAAUAUAUUACUAAGCACAAAGCCUCAGUAAUUACUGACGUUACAUAGAACGUAACAUUUUACGUCCCCACCGUGACUAUCCCCUCCCCCACCCCGCUGGAUUCACACCUGCGACACGGGCUGCGAGAUACUCCAGACACAGCGCGCUGCAGAGGAGAGAAGAUGUCUAAGGAUAAUGAAGAUGAAACUAGUUACAAGUCAUCUACGUAUGGCAGCUCUGGAUGUACAGUGGAUGAUCUGACAGAUGGUCCUGAAAAGACGACUACGAUAGAUGGUCCUGAAAAGAAGACAAAGUUUCAAAGCCAUCACCUGAGUCGCCUCCAAAAACUUAGAGCGCAUCACAAUGUUUGUGAAGAUCGAUACUUGAAGGCGCAAAUUUUUUUUUUAAAAGAUGAACGUGAAAAGACUUUAUUUUUACAUCAGCGCAUGACAACAAAGCUCAACACACGCACAACAGAAGAAUCUCCUUCAAAUUCAGAGUUGAGCGAGGAUGAAUAUAUACCAGAGACAGAGGAAGAAUCAGACUCUGAAUCAGACAAUAAAUGGAGUGAGUGUGUGUCAUCUCAGGCCCCCCGAAAUUUGAGCGAGGCAAAAUGGAACUGUCCACAACUUCUUCCCUUUGCUGACGAUGUGAAAAAAAUGCACCAGUAUCUUGACAGACAGAGUAAGGAAUACCAAGCAAAACUUGAAGAAGAACCAAGUAACAAGCACUGGGCAGAACUUGCAAAAGUGACACUCUGUCAGGUGAUACUAUUCAAUCGUAGAAGGGAAGGAGAGGUAUCCAAGAUGGCCCUUAAUGCUUUUAUAUUGAGGGAUACCUCAUCGACUCAUCCAGAUGUAGAGCUUGCUCUGUCAGACCUUGAGAAAAGACUUUGUAAGCACUUCCAGAGAAUCGAGAUAAGAGGCAAACGUGGACGAAAGGUCCCCAUUCUACUUACACCUGAAAUGAUGAAAUCAUUGGAGUUACUGGUGAACCAUCGCCGCGAGUGUGAUGUGCUUGAUGAGAAUGCAUAUGUGUUCGCGAGACCACAAGCCCUCAGCCACUUCAGAGGUUCAGAAGCUAUUCGUGAAAUUGCUCGAAGCUGUGGGGCUAAACAUCCAGAGGCAUUGUCCUCUACUAAACUGAGAAAGCACAUGGCCACCAUGUCCAAGGUCCUCAACUUGAAGGAUAAUGAAAUGGAUGACCUUGCUGACUUUUUAGGACAUGACAUCAGGGUGCAUCGGCAGUUCUACAGGCUACCUGAAGGUACCUUACAGCUGGCGAAAAUCAGCAAAGUUCUAAUGGCCAUGGAACGAGGUCAGAUAGUAGACUUCAAAGGAAAAAAUCUCGAUGAGAUCCAGAUUGAUCCAAAAGAGCUGGUACUGAUGGACAGUGAUGUAUCAGACUCUGAAAAUGAGAAAGCGAUGACUGGAAAUUAUCCUUCAAGUUCAGCAGGCAAGAACGAUAAAAAAGUGCAUCCGAUUGGCAAGGACUUGAGGAAACCACACGCAGCAAAGAAAUCUUCAAAAAACGCACGGAGAAAGUGGUCCACAGAAGAGAUCCAGGCUGUGGAAGAAACCCUAAUGAACUGCAUCAGGUCUGGAAAAGUUCCUGGAAAAGCCCAGUGCAUGGAGUGCAUUGAAAGGUCCCCAUCAGCACUUCAAGGGAGAAGUUGGAAAGGGGUGAAAUUUUAUGUUAAAAAUCGCAUUGAUUCCAUGAAGCGUAAAAUGUAAAACGAUAGAGCCUUUAUCAAGAUGUUUUUCCCAUGUUUGUGGAUAGGAUAGCAUUGGUUUGUUGAAAACUUAAAAUAAAAGGUAAAGGGCCUUUAUAGGGCUGGGUGAUAAUUUUAUGUUAAAAAUCACAUUGAUUCCAUGAAGCGUAAAAUGUAAAACGCUUGAGUCUUUAUCAAGAUGUUUUUCCCAUGUUUGUGGAUAGGAUCGCAUUGGUUUGUUGAAAACUUAAAAUAAAAGGUAAAGGGCCUUUAUAGGGCUGGGUGAUAUAUCACAUGUGAUUAUUUAUGCACAUCUCAUCAGUAAAGCAGUUUCCAUUAUUAGUAGUAAAUCGCUAUCACCUGCUUUCCAAAGAUUUUCUUUCAGAUGAAGCAGCAUUUACUACACAGAGACAUAGUUUACUGACAAACUAUGCAAUAUCACAUUAAUUAUUGUAGGUGAUACGUCCGUGAUAAUGAAUGUGAUAUUGCAUAGUCUCUGUGUAGUAAAUGCUGCUUCAUCUGAAAGCUUUACUGAUGAGAUAUGCAUGAUAAUCACAUGUGAUAUGUCACCAAGCCCUAGGCCUUUAUCAAGAUGUAUUUUU